AUGGCAUUCUCCUCCAUCUGCACCAUCUUCGGAACCUGGCGCCAUGUCCUGCCCACCGACAUAGAGUCUCAGUCCCACCCGCAACCCAUCCAGAUCACAGGGACAUACACUACCACGCCCCUCGCCCUGCCCUCUCGUGCGCUCACCUGCGCCUCCGAGCGCCCGGCCAAGCCCUCCCUCCCCUCCACCGACGCGAUCGACGACUUCUUCGGUGCCUCGCGCACCACCCGCACCUCAGACAGCCGCCACGACGAGCGCCCUGUUCCCUCGUCCCCUCAAAAGGACACCGCGCUGCCGCCCGCAUACGCGUACCCGCUCCCAACACCCCUUCACGCAGAUCCUACAUUUGACGAGAGCGAGCUCCCGAGCUACGCCGAGCUCGAGGCGGCCCACGCGCGGCGAUCCAUCUCUGCGCAGGCCGAGCCAGUCACCCUGGCACAGUACUUCUUCAAAUUCGGUUUCUUCUUUCCCCCGCUGUGGUUCCUCUCGUUCUUCAUAUUAUUUUCUCCCCUCACCGCCCCCGCGGGGUGGGAAUCGACAACGACGGUGGCGGAGCGCGAGGCGCUGCUCGAUGCCAUGCGCAAGGCUGAGGUUAAGUGGGCGCGCAGGAGUAUCGUAGCGGCUGCCAUCCUGAGCAUACUGAUCGUCAUUCUCGUCGUCAUCGUCGUCUCGGUCUCCCAUUCAUGA